AUGGGCGAGACCGCAGAGUCUGACAGCCACGCUGCUGGUCUGUCUCCCGAUCCUGCUGGCGAGGCUUCCCUGGUCACGGACUUGCAGGAGCGGAUUGAGGAAGAGAUUGUUGUUGGCACAUCGGCGGUUCAACACACUGCUGAGCACGACUCGAUGGCGACGGAGCCCACUGAGGUCAUCGAAGCUGGCAGCGCCGGGCCGUCUCAUGGGGAAGCAUCUGGACCCCAGGUGCAGUCUUCCAACAAGAAGACGACCUCUGCUCAGGGACGCAAUAUUCUUCGCCGCCGGAAGAGAAAUGCUCGCAAGCACCAGGCCAAGAUUUGA